GUAAUUCUCUAUUAUCUCCUAGCACUUUUAACUGCAAUGGCUCGCCUGCUGAGAGCUCCCUUCCAGCUCCGCAGGCUGGUCACGCCGUUUCCAUCGCUACUCUAUCGCCGCCGUUACUCAACCCAGGUUGGCCCGGAAUCCUUCGUCCCAGGUCACAACACACCCGCCACUACCACUGUUACCCCAGAAAUAGACCCCCCUAGCCGGAACCAAACACCAGAGUCUUCCAAGACCGCUGGAGAAUGGACGUCUUUCAGAAUGGAGGAGACCGCCCUGCGGGUAACAACAACAGGGUCGAAAUUCAGCGUCAUCCGAUACCCGGUUUUGCGCGAUGCCUGCAAGUGUCCCCAGUGCGUGGAUGUGCACUCUAAGCAACGGAACUUCCGUACCUCGGACAUCGACCCCUUUAUCCGGGCCCGGGAACUCAAAUGGGACGGCGAAUCCCUCCAGGUGACCUGGGACAACGAUAUCCCCGACUUGGGGCGCGAUCAUGUCUCGACCUUUACGCUGGACCAGCUGCUGACUCCCAGUGAGCACCACAGGCGCGUGGAUGGGUUCAGCAAUCGCGGCCGACAACUCUGGGGAAAGGAAAGAAUGCAGGCGCAGCAGCACUGGAUCACCUUUGAGGAGUACAUGCAGGACGGGAAGCCGUUUGCGCGCGCAAUGCGGGAGCUUGCCAGGGUUGGUCUUCUGUUUGUGAAAGAUAUCCCGGACUCCCGGGAGAUGGUCGAGAAGAUUGGCCAGCGGAUGGGUCCGAUUCGCAACACCUUCUAUGGAUCAUCGUGGGAUGUCCGCAAGGUUCCCGAGGCGAAGAAUGUCGCGUACACCAGCCAAUUCCUCGGCUUCCAUAUGGAUCUCAUGUACAUGAAUGAACCCCCCGGGUUUCAGCUUUUACACUGUCUGCGGAACUCGUGUGAGGGCGGAGAGUCUCUCUUCGCGGAUACCUUCAAAGUCGCAAACGAUAUGUUUACCAGCAGCAGAACAGAGUAUGAAACGCUCGCCGAAACUUGGCUGAACUACGAAUAUCUCCACAAAGACCAUGCUUACUCCAAUUCCUGGCCCGUUUUCGAAACUCAAAAAUUGCGCCACGGUAAACGCCCCAUUGUGCAUGUCAACUACUCGCCGCCCUUCCAGGCCCCGUUGGGAUACCUGAAGAGGAAAUCCCCGGGAGAGAUCAAGGCCAAGUUAGCCGCCUUGAAAAGUUUCGCCCACCGCCUAGAGGAAGAGAAGAAUAUUUUCGAGUUGAAACUCAAGCCCGGUGAAUGUGUCAUCUUCGAGAAUCGUCGCAUCGUUCAUGCCCGUCGUCAGUUCAAUACCGCCGAGGGCGAGCGUUGGCUUGCGGGGACCUACGUCGAUGAGGAUGCUGUGAUUUCCCGGUGGCGCACACUGCGUGCCCAAGACCCGACUACUUGGAAGACGGGGGAUUUGGGUUCUUCGGAGCUCGAAGAUCCUAAUAAACAAUAGUACUGGAUAUGUAUUUUUUUUUUUUUUUUUUUUUUGAAAACUU